AUGCGACGGAGAACCGCUGACAAGAGUAACGAAACGAGCGGUACUACACGUCAACGCAUCAAUUUUGAUCCAUUAGGCUGGCUCACACCGCUUAUGGUGCGAAACAAACACUUCUUCCAACAGUUGUGGCUAAAACCAUAUGGAUGGGACGACUUGCUCUCUGAAGAGGACCAGGAGCAGUGGAACAAGUUGUGGGACAUUGCAGGCUUCACGAAGCAGCUACCGAGAAAACUAGGGACGAAGCAAGGAAACUACCAACUAAUAGCCUGCAGUGACGCCAGCACCUACGCGUUAGCAGCAGCUGUUUACAUUAGGCAAGGAACCGAACAGCACCUGCUGAUUGCAAAGUCGAAAUUACCUUCGUUAAAGAUGCCACAUACAAUCCCGAAGCUGGAAAUCAACGCCUUGACGAUAGCAGGAAGGCUGUUGUUAUCCACUUUCGAAGAAUUGAAGAAAAUUAUCAACAUAAACACAGUUUAUCUCCUAUCAGACUCCGAGAUAGCCUUGAGUUGGCUGAAGAACGAAAGCCCACAGAAGGCUACAGGAGUCUUAGUAACGAAUAGAAUCAAAGAAAUCAAGAAAAUAGCGAAGAAACUAGAGCAGGAAGGGGUAAAUACCUAUUUCGGCUACAUGAACACGAAGGUAAACCCAGCGGACUGCGCCACACGAGGUCUCACAGCCGAGGAAUUGCAACAUCACAUAUGGUGGGAUGGCCCUCCGACCUCACUUACGGACGAAAACGCCAGUUAUGAAGGGCUAGAACGAUUCCAAUUACCCCCUGAUCCUGCUGAAGUAUUGCAAAUCUCGCAUGCGGGUCACCCACUCAUACAGGAGGAACGGUUUAGCUCGCUUCGAAGACUGAAAAGAACCAUAGCGUACGUUGGCAAAUUUCUGAAUAAAUUGGCGGAGAAUUUACCAGAGGAACCGAAGCAGAAAAUCAGAAGAGCCAGUGGAAUUCAGGAAGCUACGGAUAGGCUCCAAGGAGCAGAUUUGAUGCAAGCAGAUAGGACUAUCAUUAAGCUCCACCAGAAAGAACACGAAGCUCUGAUAACAGUCAACGAGCAACGAAAACUCAACAUUACCAGAGACGACAAAGGGACGGAGAAUCCAAACCAAAUACGCCAAGUCGAGCUCAGAAUGUCAAACGGAAGAGUGACGAAGAGACCAGUAAACAGUCUCAUACCACUAGAAUUACUGGAUUCAGAUCCCGACCACGAACACCUACCCACCCACGAAAACCCACCUACACCCACCGAACUUCCAAGCGAACCCUCACCUGAAACCCCAGGGCGCCCCAAGCGAAACCCCUCCAAACAGUACCCGUACAGCCCCGAAGAGUACGAAAUCAACUCCAUUAGCACAUACGAAAAAUCAGUUACACAGUCGAAUACGUCUAUUUUCAGAAUGGCGAACGAUCCAAACGAAUUCAUCGACAACUUCAUGAACACCUUCAACGAACGAAGUUCGAUGUUCGAAGAAUCGCAGCUUCAGCGAAGACUGGACGUCGUAUAUGCCGAAAUAACGAAGCUUAUUCAGCAACGUCAAAAAAUCGAAGAAGCAUAUUCACAACUCAAGGAAAAGGCCAGCCUAUUCGACCCGGAUCCAGCACGAGCGAAACCGCUCUACGACUUGAAGAACGAACUUAUCGCGGCUAUCGAACACUUGAAGGAAAGAUGGGAAAAAGUACAAGUUGUAUCUCAUCUUUUAUGGGAAGUCUACGACAGCCUAGUGCAACGGGACGCUUCGCGUUUCUUUAGCCGACAAAUGUUCGAAAAUCGUCCACGACAAGGAGGACGCAUCAACUCGAAGGACUGCAAUCUCUUCGUCAUCCAAGAAGAAACCCAACUGUUGCGAGGCAAACAAGGAGCACUCGAAGUUAUGGACAUCGUGCCAUUUCUCAACCCACACGUGGAGACGGAUGACUCACCCUAUGUGUCCGAAGACGUCGACAUCCACUCGAAGCUCGACGAUACGAGAAAAUUCUGCACACCAUCCUCGAGGACAAGAAUAACCCCCCCCCCGUUCCCCGGACAUUGA